UUAAUCUCUUGCCUGUGGAUUGUGAUGAGAGCAGAGAUGAUUUCUGCCGGGCCAAGCAGAAGGAUGUGGUCAUGGCUGUGCUGCACGAGCUCUACAACUACCUGUCCUUGCAGGCAGGUAAUUUCGAAUGUGGAAACCCUGAGAACCUCAAGAGCAAAUGCAUUUGGGUUAGUGAGGCGAAGGAUCACGUCAUGAAUGUGACUGGUAGUUCCCCACAGAAGUUUGAAGCUGCCCUGCACUGGAUACUGAACAGCAACAAGGAUUUGGGAAUCCGGCUGAAAGACAGAGAGCUCUCGGAGGUGGUUUCCAGCGUGGAGGAGGUGUUCUGCCUGGAGUCUGCCCACCCACAGAUGGGGCUGGGCUGCCGCUUCCGCCGCGCCAUGGUCACAGCCAUCAUGAACCUCUUCCUCUUCUUCUGGAGCCUGGUGACUCUCUGGGGGAUCCUCCUCUUCCUCAGGUAUCGCUGGCGGAAGAUGGAGGAGGAGGAACAAGCCAUGUAUGAGAUGGUGAAGAAGAUCAUAGCUGUUGUCCACGACCACUACAAGGAAUGGGAGCGGAAUUUGGAGCGUUACCCCUACGUUGGCAUCUUCCACGUCCGGGACAGCCUGAUCCCUCCUCAGAGUAGGAAGAAGAUGAAGCGAGUGUGGGAGAGAGCCGUGGACUUCCUGGCCUCGAACGAGUCGCGGAUCCAGACCGAGUCCCACAGGGUGGCAGGGGAGGACAUGCUGGUGUGGAGAUGGACUCAGCCCUCGUACGUCUCAGACUCGGAGCACUGA